AUGCUUCAAGACUGGUCUCAUCAAUCAGUUAAUAAUGGUUUCACCACAUACCCAAGUAUUGAUACAGCAGCUGAAGCUCAAGCAUGGAAAUGGUUGCAAGGUCUUGAUAAAAAUGCUGUUAUACAUUGUUAUCAACAUAGUUAUGCUAUUCCUUCAUCACAUCCAAAUAAAAUGAAUGCAAACGUAUGGCUUCAACAAUAUACAACAAUGUCAUGGCAAACAUUUGAUGAAUUUUUAUCAUGGUUAUAUUCUGGACGGUUAGUUACAAUACCAAUGAUGUGUUCAUGUAAAACAAAUUUAAAAUCAUAUGUAUGUAAACAUGCUCUUGGCAUGAUGAUUCAUUUAGGCUAUUAUUUUGUUCAAGACCUCUCUUAG